UGGCACUCUUUCCGGAUGAAAACGGGAACAAGAUGUUAAAUGAGUAUAUUCGAGAAUAUAAGAUUGGUUCUGGUAGCUAUGGCAAAGUGGCUCUUUACAAAAGUAGCGUUGAUGGAAAGCAUUAUGCAAUUAAGUCCUUUCACAAGUCUCACUUACGGAAGCUUCGAGUUGCUCCAUCUGAGACUGCCAUGACUGAUGUUCUACGUGAGGUACUUAUCAUGAAAAUGCUGGAACAUCCUAAUAUAGUUAAUCUUAUCGAGGUGAUUGAUGACCCAGAGUCAGAUGACUUCUACAUGGGUACUCAUGAUUAUUUUGCUACAUAUAUGUUUGAGCCUUAAGUUUGAAUAUGAAUCCUUUUUAUGCUAUGUUCUCUGCUUAACUGGUAAUGUUUACUUGUACUGUACUGGAAUACGUGGAAGACAAAUGGGUUUGUGAGGGUUCAGGCUGAUAGUGUGCCAUAGGUGAAGAAACUACUAGGCAAAUGGGUUUGUGAGUCUGGCACACUAGCAGACACCACAACAGGUAUGGCAUUCCGGUCAGAUCGAUGAUGGCGGAGGUCAUCGCGGUCACGUUCGGAAUGUCGAACUCUCUUUCGCCUAUCGGGGGUGACGUCCAUUCUAGAGUUUGGGAGAUACUCUAUUCUCUCUCUCUCCCUUUCUAU